AUGCUUUUGGGUCGAUCUUCCUCCGGGCAAAUGUCCACAGGAUCACGUUCGGCCAGUUAUCGUCGUAUUGCCCGAUCCCGUUGGCAUCAUUCCACCGGCAGUAUCCUAGUCAGCACCGGGAGUGCGGGUGCAUCACGCAGUGAGGACAAUGUGACUGCCGUAAACGGGACCCGACCAGCACACGAUCGUGUGACCAUCAGUGGGGUGACCAAAUCUCAACGGUUCCGAGUGCAAACACAUCGUUCACAAGUAUCCUACACUCCACCGCCCACCACAAUCGCCUCGGAUUUGGACACGGAUCGUGCUGCGGCUAACUCGUUACCACCGCAACUGGAUCGACCGGGUGAAUUGGUGCAAAGUCACGAUCGUCUGUCGUUAGAAUUACAAACCGAUCAUCCACCCAGUCCGACCCGUUUGCGUGAAUUUGAUCGACUGACUCGUACUCGACCGCGACCCCGUUCCGCAUCUUCUUCAACUUCCAAAUUUGCCGUUUCCAACUGUCCUUCAUCUCAUCGUUCCUCCUCGAAACGAGCCGGUCAGCUACAGGAACCGAAAUUGCCACGUGAAUUUGCAACGCUAGGGAUUGUGUACCCUGAUUAG